UUGAACGACAGUAGACCUGUUUCUCAUUCUCUCUCUAUUUUCUCAAUUUUUCUCAGAGAGAAGGAGAUUCCCUUGUAAUCUUUCAUCGAUCUUUCUUCGUUUUCUCGGCGAAAUUUAGGGUUUGAAUCUCGCUGUACGAUCGCUAUUCCGAAGUGAACUCUAUAUGCACGGCACCAAUGAAGACAGGAACAUCAACUUUGAACCCCUAUGCAGACGCAUAUGUGCCUAUUUCGAAAAGAGGGGCACCUGAUGGAAACAAAGAAGCUAGAUCUCCAAAUGAGUUCAAGAGUGGAAGUGAGGCUGUUUGGUUGGCACCUGGUGUGACAGCUGUGCGAAAUCAACUGCAGACUCCCCAAAUUGCUGAUCAGUAUAAACUGAAAGACUUCUCAACUUAUGGCUCGCCAUCACAUAGUCCAGUAGGAACUAUGGGUAAAGAAGUUCUGGGUGAGGAAUCUUUCAUGGAUUUGGCUUAUCUUCAGAUGACUUUUCCUGGAAUGUCAGAUGAGUCACUUUCUGAGGUCUAUUUGGCAAACAGUUGUGACAUUGAUGCUGCGGUUGACAUGCUGAAUCAGCUUGAGCUCUACUCUAGUGAUGAUUUUGAAAAGCUUCCAGACAGCCUUGACAUUGGUGAUGUGUCAGACUCAGGGUUCUCAGGCGAUAAUUCAUCUCAGAAAUUGAAGACAGUGAUAGGCGAAACUACUACAGUUGCUUCAUCAUCUGGUUUAUCAGACUCGCGUUCAGGCAGUUAAAGAUGGUUGUGCUGAAGGUGUUUGUUAUGGUCGUGUAGAUAUGGAAGGUGUGGAUACUAAAGGAUUUUUUUUUGGUUGAAAUUCUCCAUAGAUACAAUACAAUACAUCUUUCCCUAUCAUUGUAUAGGUUGGCUCCUUAUACUUGUGUCUUUCAGCAGUGAAUUCAAGCUCGCUCUUCACUAGAUAAACUAGUGAACAAUUUUUUUCACUUGACAGACUUAAAUAUCUGCAAUACAGGAGAAGAAUGGUUUCCUGUCAUAGAGAUGUUUAUAUCUUGUGCAAAUGAAAUCUCUAUCGACAUACAUAGAUAUGUUCAAACUGUUGAUACCAGAUUUUUGAUGAGAAAAGGGUUCCUUGUUUUUUUAUUA